CAGCUGUUGAUGUUAUCAAAUCUCAGCCGGCAAAGAAUUGACUUGAAAUGCGAAAUUAUUUGAUAGUGCGUCGACUGGCAACACAGCCCAAGUUGGCCGAUGCACCCAAGCGGAAAUGGAAAAGUGUGGUUGGCUUGGAGGUACAUGCACAAAUUGCAAGUGCCUCCAAAUUGUUUUCUGGCAGCGGCACUGCCUUUGGAGCACCACUGAACACGGGAGUAGCCUACUUUGAUGCCUCCAUACCCGGAACACUGCCGGUUCUCAAUCGGAAAUGCGUGGAAUCUGGCAUAAAAACUGCCCUAGCGCUUGGUUGCCGGGUGAACGAGGUGUCCAUGUUCGAUCGCAAGCAUUACUUCUAUGCUGAUUUGCCAAACGGUUACCAGAUUACACAACAACGCGCUGCAUUGGCCAACAAUGGUUUAAUGACAUUUCCAGUCAUAACACCAGGCAAAAAGGUCUAUUACAAAUCGGUUAAUCUGCUGCAAUUGCAGCUGGAGCAGGACAGUGGCAAAUCGUUGCAUGACGAGUAUCUGAAAAGAAGUUUAGUUGAUCUAAAUCGAGCGGGAUUACCUUUAAUGGAACUGGUCUUUGCGCCAGAUUUGGAAACCGGCGAAGAGGCUGCCUCAUUGGUUAAGGAACUGAUGCUUAUACUAAGAAGACUACAAACCUGCAGCUGUAAAAUGGAAGAGGGCGCACUCCGUGUGGAUGCCAAUAUAUCCAUACACAAGGAAGGCGAUCCUUUAGGAGUGCGCACCGAAGUUAAGAACAUUGGUUCCGUACGCAGCAUCUCCCAGGCCAUCACAUAUGAGAUCAAUCGGCAGCUGGAACUCGUGGCCGAUGGCGGUGUGGUUACAAAUGAGACACGCAAUUGGGAUGCGGAGAACAGACGCACUGUGGCAAUGCGAGACAAGGAAGUACUACAAGAUUAUCGCUUUAUGCCAGAGCCCAAUUUGCCGCCGCUACAUUUAAAUCUGAAACCAGGCUCGCGUUCCACCAAAGAUUUGAUAUCGGUAGCUGCAUUAAGCGAGGAAAUUCCCGAGCUGCCCGAGCAUACGCGUCAACGUCUUAUGGAACAUUACAAAUUAAAUGCCGACACAGCUAUUAUUUUAGUGAAUGAACCUGUGCUGUUGGAUCAUUUUGUGAAUAUUACCAAGUUACUAGCUGGUGUGCCGACCAAAGUGAUAACCAACUUUUUAAUCAACGACUUGCUGACUUACUGCAAUAAGCUUAAUUUGGAUGUCGAAGAUUGUGCUAUAAGCGCCAAUGCCUUAAAGGAUGUUAUACAGUCUCUGCAUGCGGAGCAAAUCAAUUUGCAGGCGGCACGUCAACUUAUACAACUUUUACACAAUAAUCCCACUCAAGAUGUGGAUCAGCUUGUGAAGCUGCACAAUUUGCAGCAGAUCUGUGAUUUGGCUACCAUUGAGGCAUAUUGCCAGCAGGCGAUUGCCAAUCAGUCCAAAGCUGUUCAGCAAUACCAGAAAGGAAAGUCCAAGGCGCUUUUUGCCAUUGUCGGUGAAGUGGCUAAGUUGUCGACCCAAAAGGCCAAUAUGAAAAUAGUCGUUGAUUGUCUGGAAAAGCUGCUUAAGAAAUAAAUGGAAAAUGCCGGAUUUCAAGUGUUA